AUGGAUCAGAACAACCUCAGGCGCAAAGACACCACCAAAGGCCCGCCUCUGCGCAUCCUUUCACUCGAUGGCGGAGGCGUGCGCGGCUAUUCGAUGCUCAUUAUCCUUCGAGAACUGAUGCACAGAGUCUACGUCGAGACCGAAGGGAAACCGCCCGACGUGCAGACUGGCACCCCGAAGCCAUGCGACUACUUCGAUCUCAUCGGCGGCACCGGCACGGGAGGACUGAUCGCGAUCAUGCUGGGCCGAUUGCGCAUGGAUCUAGAGACGUGCAUGGACGUCUAUGUAAAGAUGACGAGAAAAGUGUUUGAGACAGACAAGACAUUUGCAGGCAUUCCCUACAAGCAUACUCUUUUCAAGGCGUCCAAACUGGAGGAGGCCAUCAAGUUAUGUGUCCAGGAACACACGCUAUUCGAAGACGAGGGGAACGAUGGCACAGCAUCUGGCGGUAGAGAGUUCCAAGACCUAACGAGCCCGCUGAGCGCCGCCAGCACCGCUGCAAUGAGGAGGUCAAUGAGCAUCAGGAGCAACAACUCGAUCAACAGUCCCUCGACCCCAAUCCGCAACUCCAUCGUCUCUCCGUCCUUCCCGGCUUGGGGCAACGCCAACGCAAGUCUAUACGACCACCGGGAAAACCGAACCAAGACUGCGGUCACCGCGGUGGUACAAGGUACCAAUCCUCGAACGGGUACAUCUAUCCUGCUAAGGAGUUACGACAGCCGCAAAGAACCCCCUCCUGAAUUCAAUUGCAAGAUCUGGGAAGCUGGGAGAGCCACAUCCGCAGUGGGUCUGGCCUUCAAGCCAAUCCAAAUUGGCCAGACCGUCUUCAUCGACGAGGGCGCAGGAAAGUACAAUCCAGCCCCACAGCUCCUCGAAGAGGCUGCAGUGAAUGAGUGGCCGGGUAGAGAAGUUGGCGCAUUUAUCAGCAUUGGCACAGGGAAACGUCCAGAAGGCACCAACGCCCGUCAACAUGAGUGGUGGGAAGGAUUCGUCGGGGGCAGUAUGGGCGCUUUUGCCGAGGCUCGACGCCGACUUGUUGCUAAAAUCGAGGGCUGUGAGGAGACACAUCAACAAAUGCUCAAGACCGAGCUCGCUAAGCGCGGAGUGCCUGUCGAAAACUACUGCCGGUUGAACGUCUCUGUCGGCCUGGGCGAGUUCGCCAUGAAUGAAUGGCAGUAUCUGUCGCCGAUGACGACAAACACGAGGAAGUAUCUGAAUGAAACGCCGGUUCAAAAGGCACUGAUGGAGAUGGCUACAAAGAUCGCCAGGAUCGAGCUCAUGAAACGUCGACAAGAACGCUUCGCCCAACACACCCAGGAGUCUACCUGGUCACUGAGACAGAAUAACCUUCCUCCAACCCCGUCUCACCCGCAAGCGGUUGAGCUGCCUGCCGACGAGGAAACAUACCAAACCACCCCUCCUCAGCACUAUCGUGUUCCUGAAAACCCCCCAUAUCAAAAGCAGUAUGCUCCAUCAGAGGACAAGUUCGCAUUGGUUCCUGGAGAAUCAACUCCCCCACGGCUGUCGAGCGAUUUGCCAUACCGAGGAAGAGACGACAAGAUGGUCGUGCACCAACCACCUCCCAAUUCUGCAUAUAAUCAAUCGCAGCUACCACCCCCGAGACCUCCCAAAACUCCCAUCAACGAUCCAGGCCCUUCCGUUCGUCCUCUACAUCAUAUCUCGCCCGUCAGGCCUUACGGCGCACCGCGACCUCCCUAUCCGGACGACGACGAGCCGCCACCACAGGUCAACAGGUACAAGAAGCCAGAGUUUAUUCCGAGAUGA